AUGGUCAACUCGAGUCAGGUUUCUUACUUCACAUUUAAUGCCUACUUUGAAAGUGGCCAUUUAAAACACAUAUUUUUUGUCAUUGCUUUGUCAUUAUAUAUUUUAAUAGUUUGCACCAACCUGCUGCUCAUCGUGGUGAUCUGCAUGAACAGAAGCUUACAUGAGCCUAUGUACCUGUUCCUGUGCAGCCUGUUUGUGAAUGAACUGUAUGGUAGUACAGGCUUGUUUCCGUUCCUUCUGCUGCAGAUUCUCUCUGACGUUCACACUGUUUCUGCUUCCUGUUGCUUCCUGCAGAUCUUCUGCUUGUUUUCUUAUGGAACUGUGGAGUUUUUCAGCUUAGCCGUCAUGUCUUUUGACAGAUAUGUUGCGAUCUGUUGUCCUCUGCAGUAUAACACACGUAUGACAUCUAACAAGGCCGUUGUGCUUAUUUCUUUGAGUUGGUUGUACUCGUUUCUUGCAGUUGUUGUUUUGAUAUCCUUAAUUGUCCCUUUACGGCUGUGUGGGAACAUUAUUAACAAGGUGUACUGUGACAUCUACUCCAUCGUGAAACUGGCGUGCUCCGACACAAAAGUCAACAACAUCUACGGACUCAUUUAUGCCACUCUCACAAUCCCAUGUCCACUGUCUCUGAUCUUCUACACCUACGUGAGGAUCCUUCAGGUGUGUUUUUCUGGCUCUAAGCAGACGAGGCAGAAAGCCGUCAGCACCUGCACGCCUCACCUGGCCUCCCUGCUCAACUUCUCUUUUGGGACUUUCUUUGAAAUAGUUCAGAGCAGGUUCAACAUGAAAAUUAUUCCCAACAUGGUGUGA